AGAAUAAUUAACGCUUCUAUAAAAUUAAAAAAAAAACACAUAUUUUUCUCUAUAUCCUCUCUCCGGCCCGGAGAUAUACCUCGCCGGGAAAACGAAAACUUUAACCGAUUAACCUGCUUUUGUCUAUAUCAUCUUUGGUGUGAAGCUGAUUGGAACGCUCGAAUUUUCACUUCGAUCCAUCGGUUCUUUGAUUCAUACAUUUUUCUUUUUUUUUCUUGGUUUUUAAUCUGUGCAGCGGCGAGAAGUGAAUGGAGGAUUACGGGAGCAGCGACGAAGAUAUAUAUUCAUCUGAUCAAGACUCUCUCGAAGGACUAGAGAAUGAGGAGGCUGAUUCUCAAUGGGGCUCUUCCACAGGAAAUUCCUGCAAGGUAAUCACAAGGGAGUCUCUCUUGGUGGCACAGAGAGAAGAUUUGCGGAGAGUGAUGGACCUGCUCUCGCUAAGAGAACACCAUGCAAGAACCUUGCUCAUUCACUACCGUUGGGAUGUUGAGAGGUUGUUUGCGGUUCUUGUUGAGAAGGGAAAAACUUGCUUAUUUGCUGAAGCAGGGGUAACUGUUCUUGAAGAAGUUGAUGUUGACUUGUCUGUGUCUUCUUCGACUGUGAUGUGCGAUAUAUGCAUGGAAGAGGUAGCAGGGAGUGAGGUCACGAAAAUGGACUGUGGUCACUGCUUCUGCAAUGACUGUUGGACAGAGCAUUUCAUUGUGAAAAUAAAGGAGGGGCAGAGUAAGAGAAUAAAGUGUAUGGCUCAUAAAUGCUUUGCUAUUUGCGAUGAAGCUGUUAUCAGAAAGCUAGUUAGUAGAAGGCAUCCUGAUUUGGCAGAUAAAUUUGAUCGGUUUCUCCUUGAAUCAUACAUUGAGGACAAUAAAAUGGUGAAAUGGUGUCCAAGUAUCCCUCAUUGUGGGAAUGCUAUACGGGUAGAGACCGACGAAUUCUGUGAAGUAGAAUGUUCAUGUGGUUUACAGUUCUGUUUCAGUUGCUUAUCAGAAGCACAUUCCCCUUGUUCUUGCUGGAUGUGGGAACUUUGGACCAAGAAAUGUCGAGACGAAUCAGAGACUGUUAACUGGAUUACAGUUCAUACUAAGCCUUGUCCAAAGUGUCACAAACCUGUUGAGAAGAAUGGAGGUUGCAACUUAGUUAGUUGCAUUUGUGGGCAAGCAUUUUGUUGGCUAUGUGGUGGAGCUACUGGCCGAGAUCAUACUUGGUCGAGUAUCGCUGGUCACAGCUGUGGUCGUUAUAAAGAAGAUCAGGAGAAAAAGUCUGAACGGGCUAAGCGUGAUCUCUAUCGCUACAUGCAUUAUCACAACCGUUAUAAAGCUCAUACGGAUUCUUUUACACAAGAGUCUCGUCUGAGGGAGACCAUAAAAGAAAAGGUAGCAAAUUUGGAAUCAAGGGAUUCAAGAUUGAGAGAUUUUAGUUGGGUUACAAAUGGACUUUACAGGCUUUUCAGAUCAAGACGGGCUCUCUCGUUUUCAUACCCAUUUGCGUUUUAUAUGUUUGGUGAUGACUUAUUUAAGGAUGAAAUGACAAAUGAGGAAAAGGAAAUAAAACAGCAUUUAUUUGAGGACCAGCAGCAACAGCUUGAGGCAAAUGUUGAAAAGUUAUCAAAAGUUUUUGAGGAUCCAUUUGAUGAUUACGAAGAGACACGGGUUAUGGAAAUGAGGAUGCAAGUCUUGAAUCUCUCUGUGGUAACUGAUACACUAUGUAAGAAAAUGUAUGAAUGCAUCGAGACUGAUUUAUUGGGAGCUCUACAGUUCAGUUGUCACAAUAUAGCUCCAUACCAGUCUAAGGGCAUUGAGAGAGCAACAGAGCUUAAUGGAGGCUGGAGCGCCAAAGCAAACAACAACAUUACAUGUCAAAAAGCUCAUGACCAGACACAUGGAGGUUCCAUAGAAUUGGUUCAGCCAUCAGGUUGUGGGACUUCAGAUGAGAGUGGAUGCUCCUCAAGGAAGCGUACAAGAACGGAUUCAAGUGGUGGCUUUUUCGAUCUUAACUUGCCUGCUGAGCUCAUUGAUAGGAAUUGACCUUGUUGAGUUGCUGAUUAUUUUGAACCAAGUGUACAGCCCUGAAAAAGAAAAAAGAAAAAAAGACAGCUAUUCUCAGAGAGUUGAGAUGAUAGUUCAAUGGGUGAUGCAUUUCACUGUGUCAUCCUCUUCAGUCUUGAAAUUUUUUGAGAUUCCCUGUUACCUUAAAAAGUCCUUAGUUUUGGUCCAGAUUUCAAAUGUAUAGCCUAUAUUUGGCUUCUUCGGGGUUAGGUAGUUAUGUAUUUUCUUACUGUCCCUUCCCGCACCCUCCUGCACUCUAAACGGGCAAUGCUCCCUUGGAACUUUUGGUUUCAAGUCCAUAAUGGGAAAUAUAUUUGGUGAAA